UGUAGGGGUCCGUAACCCUCUCGUGUUGCUAGGGCAUGGGAACACAACCAGUCCUUUAGACUGUAGUGCCACCAAACUGGUAGUUACAGACACACAACACCUACUGGUACAUGAAGAGAUAUGUGUGGCAUUGUAUGUAGUUCUAAGUAUGUUCUUUCACGCCUUUUAAAGGGUGGUGGGAUAAAGAGAAGACUGGGGGGGGGAUGAAGGGGUUAGGCAGAGCAGCACCUCGGGGAUAUCAGGGAGGCGCUCCCUCUCCUCACCGUCUCCGGUUUGUUGACCUCUGCAGGAACGCUGAGGAGAGACGUCUGCUAUGGAAGUUAUCCAACCUCUCCCCCACCAACCACAGCAAAGGCUCGGGGACCCUGUGUGCCAGCUGGCAGUGCCUGGAGGUCCCCCGCAGGCCGCCCCCCCACCUGGCGGUGCAGUUCGUGGGCUCCGGCGCCUCUCUCUCGGGGAUGGACGUGGAGCUGGUGGGGAGCCGCUACCGCAUGUCUCUGGUCAAGAAGAGGUUUGCAACAGGAAAAUACAUGGCAGGCUGCUCCCUGUGAGACGCAGCGAUCCAUCAGAACAUGUUUAUAGACGGCAGGCUCCCCAUGGACCGCUGUCAGAGGAA